AUGCACUACUCCGCCGUUAUAUCCGCUGUGCUCAUCGCAGCCGCCGCGGCACCUGCACUAGCCGCCCCAUCGGGACUCGGUCUCCGUGCUGUCGAAGAGGAUGCGCUCGCACAGCGCAGCUUUGACGACGAGCUCUACGCCCGGGACCUGAUCUUCCGACGGGCAGAAAAGCACGUCAAACCGCCCGCCAAACCGAAGCCGCGCCGUCAAAACGCUUUGCUGAUACGCCCACGCCCAGGUUCGAAGACUCGGAAUCCAAAUGAAUUGUCGUUCCCUGAGAAGAACCCGGUUCAUGAUCCGCACAACUCGGAAUCGAAGUCCCGGCCGAAGCUGAGGGCGCUUGACGACUCGGACGAGUAUUUGCUUGCGAGGGCAACCGAGGAGGACAAGCUGUUCGCGCGCGCAUGGGAGGAUGCGGUGUUCGCUAGGCUGGACAUGGAUGACUUGAAUUAG